AUGGAUGAUACGUUUAAUGUUCUUUUGUUGACUAUCGAGUUGGUGUUGUUGGAUGCAGGCGACCGAGCUGUUGAGUCGCAUAAUUUAAGUGAAGAGAAGACUUCCCCGAAAGAUGAAAGGAUUGCCUCUACGAGUCUUUCUCCAGAUAAAGCCGUCACGGAGGCUCCAAGAAGCACCAAAGAUCAGCCUGCGACUUCAGUAACAAGUGGAGCUCUUUCUACUCAGCAACCAUUCAACACAUAUACCCCUCAAGAACAGGGUUACUAUAUUGCAGGGUAUGAUAACGGCAGUGGUAACUGGGAUGAACAGUCAAACUAUGUUAAUGCCAGCAACUUGAAUGUCAUACCUCCGGCCAUGUACAAUGAUAAUUCAUCGCUCUUCUUUCCUCCGGGCUACGGCUUUGACUCCCAGAUGGCAUAUGGACAGUUUUCCCCACUUGCUAGCGCUCUUUCUCCAAUAAUGUUUGAUGGUCAGCUGUUUUCUCCUCAUCAAGUGCCUGUGACCCCGCCUUACUAUCCGCCACCAAUUUCACCUGGCCCACCACAUGUUACUUCCGGACUUUCAGCCUCACAGAAUGAAAUAAUGUCAUCGGCAAAUAUCAGCCAAGAAAACCUUAUUGACAAUACAUUUUUUGGGCCAGGGUCAGCUUACUAUCUACCAUUUGGAUCUUUUAGCGGAGGUGAAUUUUCUGGAAGUAGUGGCCAUGGUCCUUACAAAUUCCCUGGAGAAUUUGGCUCAAGUGAACCAUUGCCUAGGCACUCGACUUCCUUAGAUUCUAGCUGGUUCAUGUCUCCAUUAACUUCUGGAACUGGAUACCAGCAACCUAUUGGCAUACUUGGAUCUUAUGAGCAAAAUGUUGGACAGCCAUCAUUUCAGGGUUUUGGUUUGCCGACAAAUACCUCAGCUAGACAUUUGGUCCACAGUGCUUCUUACCAAAGCACUGUUGGGUCUGGUUCUAGCCGAUAUCAGUUUUCCAAUGACAAAAGUGGAAGACGGGAAAGGGAUCGGGAUGCUUCUGAUACAUCUGGUUUAUCAAGCGAGCGGAACAGAGGACCAAGGGCCUUGAAGCCCAAAAGCAAGAGUAGUCCCGAAGAGGAGUCUUCAGUGGGCAUUAAAGAUGUUGAAUCUACUUCUAGGCUUCAGUCCAAUCAUAUUAACUCUCCAGAUUUCAUUACUGAUUAUGAACGUGCAAAGUUUUUUGUUAUAAAGUCUUUCAGUGAAGAUAAUAUCCAUAAAAGUAUGAAAUACAGCGUCUGGGCCAGCACACCACUUGGGAACCGAAAAUUGGAUGCUGCAUAUCGUGAAUCAAAGGAAAUGGAAGGCAUUUGUCCAGUGUUCCUCUUCUUCUCGGUUAAUGCCAGUGGCCAAUUUUGUGGUGUAGCUGAGAUGAUUGGGCCUGUUGACUUUGAGAAUGAUGCUGAUUACUGGCAGCAGCAGGAUAGGUGGAGUGGUCAGUUUCCCGUCAAAUGGCAUAUUAUAAAAGAUGUACCCAACAGUCGCUUUCGCCACAUAGUUCUUGAAAAUAAUGACAACAAGCCUGUGACUCACAGUCGAGACUCUCAAGAGGUAAAGCUGGAACAGGGAAUUGAAAUGCUGAAAAUCUUCAAGGAGCAUGAUCCAGAGACAUCCCUGCUCGAUGAUUUCGAGUUUUAUGACGAGCGGGAGAAAAGCUUUCUGGAGAAAAAGGCAAAACAACGAGCCACUUCAGCUGGGAAAACGACUGGAGAUUCAGUCACUGAAUCAAUAAGUCAACUCUCGGAAAAUUUGGUGGAUACUUUACGGUUGGAUGGUGGCGUAAGCCUGUCCAAGGAGGAUUUGGAGUAA